AUGGCGCCCUUGGGAGAUGAUACUAUAGAUCGAUCACAGGUUGACGACCUCAACGACCAAGCAAUCCUAAUCUGGACCGAGUUUCAAGUUUCUAAGGGACUGGAGCUGGAUACCGAAUGGGCUGGACAUUUCCAGCCACUGCUUCGGGCCCCAGGGCACGAGGGUUCCGGGUAUACAAGAGUGCAGGAGCGCCCGGAUACAAUUCUUCUAGUUACAGCAUGGGAGAGAGCCUCGGAUAUGAGGGCAUUCAUGGCCUCGCCUUCCGCCCAGCUCUAUCGGGAGAACCUCGAGGCUAGAGGAAUCAGAGCUACUUCCUCUCGUGAGACAUUUUCGCAGAGGAGCUCCGACUAUGUGGGCCCCAGCUGGUUUGAUGCGUUAACGUGCUCUUACGUGGAAUUGUUCUGGAUAUACUUUUUGACACCGGUGACCGAUGCCCAGAAGACUCAGAUUUCGGAUUUGAUUGGUAUUCGUGAACCGGCUGUAGGGAUUGGCGGUGUGCGGCAUGGUGUGAAGCGUCGUCAAACCGACCUUCCAUUAAAGAUAUGGGCCAUUGGAACAGAGCUCGUGCAUGGCCAAGAAGCUCAGUUGAUGCUAUGGCCGCACUUCUGGACGGACGCAAAGAGCGCCGAGUAUAGGCAUGUUGGGAAAUAUACCAACAGUGGCUAUCUCAUAUGCGACGCGAGAACCCUACUAGAGAAGUUUGGUGAUAAGCUAGAAAGCGUCGGAGCCUUGGAAUGGAAGGAAGAGUUUUGUGAUUUCAAGCCAAUCACUCUU